UUUUUUUUUUUUUUUUUAAGUCGAAGUGAGGCUUUUUAAAAGCAAAAUAGGCGACAUUGUUCGACACGCAUACUUCAGAUCUAAGUAAAAGGUUUUGGGUUCUCUCUGUAGUCUGUUCUCCUAAACUCUUGUUGUUACAGGCAGCAUCAUGAGGAGGUAUAGUCCACCAUACUAUAGUCCUCCUAGGAGAGGAUAUGGCGGUCGAGGGAGAAGCCCUCCUAGAAGGGGAUACGGUGGUGGUGGUGGCGGCGGUGGUGGUGGUGGUGGUGGGGGGUAUGGUAGACGCAAGGACCAGAAUCACGGAAGCCUUUUGGUUCGGAACAUUCCGCUGGAUUGCAGACCAGAAGAACUUCGAGUUCCAUUCGAGAGAUUCGGAGUAGUAAGGGAUGUGUAUAUUCCCAAGGACUAUUACACAGGGGAACCUCGGGGAUUUGCAUUUGUGCAGUUUGUGGAUGGUUAUGAUGCCUCAGAGGCUCAAUAUCAUAUGAAUGGCCAGAUUUUUGCUGGGAGAGAGAUAUCUGUGGUUCUUGCUGCUGAAACAAGGAAAAGGCCAGAGGAAAUGCGUCAAAGGACUAGGGUGAGAGGACCUUCGGGCUCGGGCUAUGGGGGACGGCGGUCAUCUCAUUAUGGACGUUCUCGAUCUCGUUCAGUAUCUCGUUCACGCUCCCCCCGCUAUCCUUCAGGUUCUAGGAAUCGAUACCGCUCAAGGUCCUCCUCACCUGUGCCAAGACGAAGGGCUGACUAUUCUGUUUCCCCGAGUAGAAGGCACGCAGAGCACCCUCGAUCACCAAGAGGUCCUCGAAGGGAGCGAGAUGCUGAUAAUGGCAAGUCUUAUUCUCCAGGUUAUGACAAUGCUGCUGAUCAAAAUGAAAAUGGCAAUGGAUAUCGCGAGAAACCUACAUACGAGACUGAGGAAGCGCGUGGUCACUGGAGGUCAUCGCCUGGAAGAGUAUCAAGAUCACCCUCUGGAUCUAGGUCCAGGUCUGCUGACAUGUCACCUAGGCGCAGCAGAUGAGGGAAAGGCAGGAUGAGCUUUCUUGUUGUAACAUUGGUUCCAGUGGUAUGCAUAUUGCAAACAGUUGUAGGCUCGUGUGAUACCGGAGGAACUAAUUUGAAGAAUUUGUGUUGCGUGUUAGGAUGCAUAUUACUUUUAUGGUUUGGCUUCAUCUAUGUUAAACUUCAACUUUAAGAAUUCGAUAUUAGGGAUAUCGGCUUUCCAA